ACUAGAUAACCAUGAUGGAAUGUCAACAAUGUUUUUUUAUGAUGUGACUGUUAAGUCGGCUUCUGUGUACAGUAUGGCAAUUUAUGGACGAAUUUAAACUUUUACUGUUGGAAAGACCAUAAAAAAACAUGACGACCACUCUAUACUUGAAUUAUGUUAAAAUUGCAUUGGUGGUGAGUCUAUAUUGGGUCGUUUCAAUUUUGACAGUGUUUGUCAAUAAGACCCUCCUGAGCAACAAAAGUGUAGAUGUGGACAUUCCAUUUUUUAUAGUCUGGUUCCAGUGUUUUAUCGGAAUUUGCAUUUGCGCUUUUGUCAAGUUGGCUUCACGGAUCACGAACUCCUUCUCCUUCCCAGAGGGUAGCUUCAUGCUCAAAGAUUCCGUGUUCAAAGUUUUCCCUGUCACGGUUGUUUUCGUAUCCAUGGUCGUGUUCAAUACACUCUGCCUCAAAUAUGCCGACAUAUCUUUUUAUUAUAUAGGACGAUCGUUGACGACCGUGUUCAACGUCGCUUGUACACGCUUCAUUCUCAGGGAGCAUGUCUCAGUGCAAGUGCUGGUAUGUUGUCUGGUCGUCACGUCUGGUUUCAUGAUGGGUAUUGACCAAGAGAGUAUAUCUGGGACGUUGUCUGUGGCCGGUACAUUGGCCGGCGUACUUGCAUCUUUUAGUGUCGCUCUUUAUUCGAUAUGUACAAAAAAGGUACUCCCUUCAAUCGGCAAUCACAUCUGGCUGCUAUCGUACUACAACAACAUCUAUUCAUGUUUCAUCCUCGCUCCUAUCGUGCUCUUUUCUGGCGAGAUGUCUGUCAUUUUGAACUCGGAGAAAAUCGGUGAGAUCGCCUUCUGGUGGCUCAUGGUCGUCGGAGGAAUAUGCGGUUUCUUGAUUGGCUACGUCACCUCUCUUCAAAUCAAAACUACUUCUGCCCUGACUCAUACGAUCUCUGGGACUGUGAAAGCCUGCGCACAGACCGUUCUUGCGAGUUUCUACUACAGCGAGAGUAGGUCGUUACUCUGGUGGAUUUCUAAUUUCAUAGUACUCAUUGGAAGCGCAGCGUAUACCAUGAUCAAGCAAAAGGAGAUGAAACUGAAAUUCAUGGAACAAAAACCAUCUCUACUAUAACUAGAUUAUUUUUAUUCAUCAAGAAUUAUUGUAAUGAACAUUUGAACACUUGUAUAUAAUAGAAACAUAAUGUUUAAGUUUUGUAUAUAACAAAUAUAAUGUAAAUUUUGUUUUAGAAA